AAAAAGACUUUAAAAUAACAUGAAUAAUGAUGGAACAUUUCAAAUAAGCUUCAUCUCAACAUGACUGGAAGCUAUCUCUUGAGGACCUUGUUGGUAAUUUCUGUAUGUUUUGUUGCGGAAAAUGAAGCAAGUGAAAGUGUACUGGAGAGAUAUUCAAGAGAGCUCAACGAUCCAAACCUGCCUUCAACCGGUUGUGCAGAAGAAAACUUUUCAGCAUGUGUCCAGGUGCAGAGUGCAUUCUUCAGGGCCAUUAGCAUUACAGACAUCACAGAAGAUGUCUUCUGCCAAGGGCAACAGAAAUUUGUUGACUGCAUAGCGGCCAAAUGUCCCAAGGGCAGUGAUACAGUGAGCUCUUUAAUGAUCUAUUUGAGAGAGUUCCAAUUGAUGAACAAGCAAUACAUGUGUCCAAACCUUGCAUUCGAAGCUUUGAUGAAAGCUACAUAUGGUAGCAUCGCAUCAGUUGAGGAGUUGGACUCCUAUGUGGCUGCUACAAAUGAGUGUGAGGCAAAGGUCUACAAAAGAUGCCUGGUUAACUAUGCAGAGAGUAUGUCGCUAGGAAUGAACCCGUGUCUCGCAACCAUGCAGGCGUAUCAUUGCGUCGAACGAAACACAGAGAUGGCCUGCCCUGGUGACAAUGUGGCGGCAAGGCCAUAUGAAGUUACAAGGGUCCUGGCAAAUAAAGCUUUUGCGAAGCUUGUUCUGGCUGGAAAGUGUGACAAAUUCACCAAUACAUGGAAGUAUACAGCCCAGAGCAUGUAUGACAUAAAACAACAGUUUAUGCAGCUGAUGACGUCAUCCAGUUGAAUAACAUCAUAAAAUAAAGGACAUUAACCAUAUCCAAUAAUGUAUUUUAAUUAAUAAUAUUUCCUCUUAGAUCAUUUAUCAAUAGAAUCCUGAUGUCUUGAUUUAAACAUACAAAAUGAAUGAAAGUUAACUUUCCAUAAAAAUAAUUAUUUAUUUUCUGUAUUUAUAACUAAAAAAGAUUAAUGUUUAAUACAAUUGAAUAUUUGAAUAUGAACACCAUUUUUAUGUGACAUUUUUUCUAGGGUGCUUGGCAUUUCUGCUCCACAAAAAACAAGAUGUCUAAUUUUAUAGCAUUCAAACUUUUUGCUUGUGCCUGAUAUCAAUGUCUGUCACAGGCUCAUGUAGUACAGUGAAACAUGUAUAUCCAAACACCUCUCUUAUCUGAUACCUUCAUAAUGUGUAAACUUUUUCUUGGGCUUAAAUUGUUGUCUCCCAUUAAAUUACAGGUUUAUAAACCUUGAAAUCUGAACAUUUGUUAAUCCGAACAGUUUUGGCCAGUCCAAGAGGCAUUUGGAUUAGACAGGU